AUGGGAACUGCAAUUCUCCGUUCCCACGAUUGCCUUCAACGUCAACGUCGGUAUCUUCCUAACGACUCCUUGUCAUCCUCUUCCUCACCGAUUCGAUCUCGAAAAAACUGUAGCCCCAACCCUAACUACAAGUCCAAUGUCAAUCAGAAUCGUCGCCGGAACCGGAGUCCGGUGUCCGCCUUUCCGGCGGCUAAACAGCACGAUCGGAGAAAGUCCGGUGAACGGACGUUUGAUAAUGUUGCUCCGGUGAAUCUUGUCAUGGGAAAAGUUAAGAUUCUCAAAAGAGGUGAGAAGUUGACUCCGGAGAUUAGCUAUGAUUCAGGACUCGUUGUGAAGGCUAUGGAUCUGAAGUUGGACCAACCUGAUUUGGUGUUGGGAUCUACGGAUCGGUUUGGACCUGAACCAUUAGCCAUGCAGAAGCAGAUUAGGGUUUCAGAUUCGAAUUUGAAAGACGCAAUUUAUGCUGGAUCGACGAUUUUUUCUUCUCCUCCUCCGAGUUCCGUUCCGGUUCCUUUGUUUUUGCGGAAGAACGGUGUGGCCACCAGUGAUUUGCGGCGGUUGUUACGGCUUGAUUAG